GGUGCGUCCACACGGACAUCGCGGCGCUGGGUGUUAUGGGUAGCCAGAUUUGCGAGGAGCUCGUCGAUGAGGAGGAAGGAGGGGGGUCCGGCGACGAAGGCGUCGGCUCAGCUACGUCGGAGUAUAAACGCAACCAAUCCGCCUUUGCGACGAAGGUAGACAAGCUGUUGAGGGUGGCCGGCACCAUCAAGUUCCCGGUAAACGUCCUUGCUGCCCUGACCGACGAUGGGACAAGUGGCCAGCUCGACGGCGUUGGCGGCGGGCAGAAAGACAUUUGCAGUCUCGAGGCGGUGUGCCAUAAGUGUGGCCGGAUGCUCGUCCUCACGGACAGCGCAACGAUAACAGCUGUGGUUCCGGGCCCGAACUUGCAGGAAGUCGUGAUCAAGAUCAAGGGCUGUGUAGACUGCGGCGUGGAGGCAGUGACGGGUGAUGAUUGGCGAGAGCACGGGUAUUUUUUGUUCGGCAACAAGCUUGCGGUGCAUCUCACCUACAUGGACAGGGUCCGGCAGGAAGUUCAAGGGGGCACGGCCAUAAGCCAUGCAUUCACCAACCUCAUCAAACCGUUGACGAACAACCUGCGAUGGCUGAGCGAGAACAAGUUGGCGAGCAGAGCCCUGACCAACAACUACCUUACGAAGCAGUUGGUGGACGCGUUCUUUUGCUUCGAGGCCCUCACGGACUACCCCUACUCGUACUUCAGCUACAAACACGGCUACUUCCCGCUUCUCAGCCAAUGGGAUGGUUGCAACAAGCCAGCCGUCAACAUCAGCAUGGAAGAGUAUUUCCGGGUGCGCACGGAGCAGGUGAUCGACAUGGACCUGGACUGGUUCUGGCUCAUCAUCAGCAUGCUGUCUCCGAUGGUUUUUCUGGAGACGCGCCAGUUCUCGUACAACACGCCGAUCACCUUUUGCCCCCAAAACCGGAAAUCCAACGUCAUCACAAUUCCUGCCCGCGGGAAAGCCCGGAAGCCAGGAGAUGUCGAGGCAGCCGAUGGUGAGGCACUGGUGCACUACGUAAAGGAGAAUGGAGAGGGGAAGGUGCUGGAAGAGAUGUUGGACAGCAUGAAAAUGGACGACCUGGAGGCGUUGUACCGCUUGUGCUUUGGGAAGAAGGGGCCGGGAAUGAGCAGAUACGGUACGAAGGCGUUGAUGCAGGAGCUGUUCCGGGAUGUGGCGAAGCAUUGGCGGACCACAAAUUUCGGAAAGGAGGACUGCGCCAAGUUCUUCGUGGACAGGGGGGGGGUGUUGGUGUCGUCUGGUGUCGAGGGCGGAUAUACAGCAGACGGGAUCAUGAUGUGCCACAUGUUCAUGCUCCGCGCGGAGAGCGCAUUGGACUUGGCGAUACUCCUGCUUCACCAUUUGCAUAUGCCCAUCCUCGUGAUCUCGGAUAUCAUGUGCCGCGUGGGACCGAUCGUGCACCAACGCUGCCCAACGGCGGCCCCCGACAAUGGAGUUCUUCCCCGGAUUGGCGAGCCCGACGACAAGGGCAUGCGCCGAGUAGACAUCCCGGCGCUGGCGUCGCUGCCGGGGAGCAACUUCAGCGGUGCUGAAGAGGAUACACCACCUGUCGUUGAGCAGGAGUCAUGCCCGCAGAAGAACGUGUACAAUCUCCUGCGAGAUGCGGCUCCGUCUCCCCGGCAACAACAGUUGGACUUCUCGCAGCUUCUCGAGGUCUCAGCGGUGAACGACGCCGGGUCGUUCGCCGCGGCGGAAUUCAUGUUACUUGCUCGGGGCUGUUGGCGACAGCUGCACCGCCAUAGCCAUUACUCGCUGGACCUCUUCGAGAUCGUGGCUGUCCUCAAUGCACGCACCACCCAAGUCGCAGCUUGCAUCGGAGAGGUUGGAGACCCUGCGCCAGUGGCAGCCUUUGUCGAGGAUGGGGGGGAGGUGGACAUGGACUCCGUGCGGAAGACUCUGUCGGAGCAAAGCGUGUUCUCAACACGUGUUCUCGCCGUGGCUACAGGGUCCAUCACCGGCGAGGUGCCGGUACUUCCGCCUUUCUCCGACCCUGUCUUUGAGCUGCUGGUUGGCGACAAGGACGUUGGACGCGAUGCACUCGAGAAUCUGUGUUUCGACUACGCGCAGGCCAAGGAGAACUUCGUCGCGGACGGGCUUCUGCCGGCCAACGAUGACGCGAAGAAGAGAGCAGUGUUGGCUGUGCGGUCCGGGGCAUGCUUUGGCGCGGCGAAUGCGCGUGCCAAAGCCCUUCAAAUCCAGUUGGGCUUGAUGAAUCCCGAGAAGAGCACCGACGGGAAAGUGGCAGAGUUUGGACUGUCGUUCAAUGUUACACCUCCCGUUGAGGAGCCCGGUGCGACAAAGCGCCGAAGACACCCCUUGGGGAGUGAUGCCGGGCCAUACUAUGCGCCAGACACCCUGAACGACUGCAACCAUGGGAUAGAAUGCCGCCAGGCGUUCGGUUGGAUUGAUUCCUGUCGCCAGUUGUCGGGGGUCUGUCUGACGGUGCACGAGCACAACCACGCGAAGAAGAAAAAGUUUCUGCACAUGCUGAAUGUCAUGAAAUUCGACCGCUUCGCGUUCAUGGUUGGUCUCAUCAAUGAGACCGAGAACGGGGUAAUCAACCGCAAAACCGUGGGUAACGAGGUCAAGCGCGUUUUGGGUCACAGCAGUGAGAGGCUGAAAGUUUGCAUGGCCGAAGUUUGGUUUUGCGGCCGGUGCUUCUGCGAGAAGCCUUUGAUGAGAUCGUUUGAUCAAUUCGGCCGCGUGUUUUUGACGUUCUUGUAGAAUUUGGUCGUUUACUAGAGCGCAAAUGCCGUUGGUUUUUGCCGUGGACGCACUCCGACGCACGUUCGGCACCUGUCUGUCGUAUGCUUGGAGGCCUGCGUGGUGGAUCGUGAAUGGGGGGCAUGGGAAACAGGCGAUUCGUGCCGACGGAUUUCCAGGCUGCAUGGUGAUGCGAGAUUUUUGUACUCGUUUAGUCUGGACUCUGAGGACUCUUUUUUGUUUGGUUUUCUGUGGUGUCCGCGACCGAGCUGUGGUGGAAUGGCGCAUGAAAAGGUCCACUCACUGUUUUUUGUCAACCCCCCACCGGCAAGCCCCGUGAUAGGUUGUAGUUGUAGAAGGGCGGUGAUGGGGCAGCGGGCGAUGCAAGCUUGUCCAGGGGGUGGUAAAACAGGGGGAAAACGGGGGAAACGGGUAAAAAGAGAAGCUGCGAAUGGGCCCUUGUUUGCAGCACACGGUAUUUUCGUGUCAAAGGAUUCGCUGUUUGCCCCCAGCAUGACGCUCCCCCCCCCGUGCUGCUUGCAUGAACCCCUAUUGUUGCCUUUUUCUUGGGUAAAUAUGUAAGGACGAAGGACGGCUGCGGCAGUCCGCUUGUUUUUUGCGCUAUUCGACCCUAGCCCUCCUCCCCUCCACAGAGGGAAACGACUCGAAAAAUUGUUGUCUGAUCUCCCUCCCUCGUUCGCCCAGCCAUGGACGAAACGAUUAAGCCCUGAAACCGUGAAAUCCCUCAAAUCCCU